CCUCCCGAGCAUCUCCUCCAUCCUGGGUUCCCUCAUGGGCGGCUUCGUGAUGGACGCAAUAGGACCGCGGACGACUCUGGUCAUGACAGCCCUCCCGUGCCUGCUGUCAUGGUCCUUCGUCGCCUUCGCCAACAGCAUCGCCCUCAUCUACGUCGGGAGAUUCAUCACGGGCAUAUUUUUGGGCAUUUUCUCGCCCGUGCCGCAGGUCUACGCCACGGAGAUCGCUGAGCCUCGCAUCCGGGGCCUAAUGGGCGCUUUUCCCGAGGCCGCGGUGGCUCUCGGCUCCCUCCUCUGCUACGGCUUCGGCUCGGCUAUGGACUGGCGUUGGCUGGCUGUGGUCUCCGCUCUCGUGCCUGGAAUUCCUCUGUUCAUCUCGAUGGUGAUUUUGCCCGAGUCUCCGCAGUGGCUGACGAAGAAGGGGAAAUUGGAGAAAGCGACCAUGUCUUUGGAGUACUUCCGAAGUGAGACCCACAACAUCAAGGCAGAAGUCGAGGCCAUUCACAGCAACAUCAUCGAGACAGCAGGAGCAGAGUUAUCCAUGUUGGAUCAGAUCGUUCUUUUCAAGAAGCCCCAAAAUUGGAAACCUGUUCUGAUCGUGUUUCUGGUGUUCAUGUGCGGUCAGUUCAGUGGUUUUGCUGUCGUUACUGCUUAUACUGUGGACAUCUUCGACCAGGCUAACACUAACAUCGACCCCAACACGGCCACCAUUAUUGUUGGCUUCGUCAGAUUCAUGUCGACCCUCGUGAGCGCCGCCCUUCUGGACCGCACCGGCAGGAAGCCCCUCCUCAUCAUCUCCGCGAUCGGCUCGAGCGUCGGGAUGAUGUCCAUCGGCGUUUUCUUCUACCUCGAUCAGGAAAAGUCAUCUGAGGGUCUGGGCUGGCUCCCUCUGGCGUCCCUGCUGAUCUACGUGUUCUUCAACGAGCUCGGCUACGGCCCCAUCCCCUGGCUUCUGUCUGGCGAGCUCAUCCCCCUCGCUGUGCGCACCAUCGGCAACGGCGUGGCAGUCACCGCCUAUUCCCUCUUCGCCUUCAUCAUCGGCCUCACGUUCCCUCUGCUGACGGACCUCCUGCAGACUUACAUUGUGUUCUGGAUGUACGCCGUGUUCAGUCUGUCGGGCGUCGGUCUCGGGAUCUUCCUGCCGGAGACGCGAGGCAAGACCCUGGAGGAGAUUGAGAAGUUCUUCGCCCCCCGCAGGAGUGAGUCCUUCUCGGGGGAGACGCCCUUGAGCAAGACCCCCGAACCCGAGCCGUAAAGGGGAAGCUAUGUUACUGUAGGAACUUUUUUUUUUAAAUGAUGCGGAAGGUGGAAAAAAAAAGGAAAAUACACACACACACAUUCACACAAACACACACAUCAACAGAAACACACAAACACACAUUACAUCUGAUCACUCAUCAUCAAGAAAAAGCGCGGUUAAAUCAGUCAUUUAGAUCGACUAGUGAUGCACCCACGAGGAACUGUUGACCGUGACGAGCAUUGGGUGAAUCACCAAUCGACACACAAACUACUAUCUGUGUGCGUGUAAGUCCAGACCUGCGCCAAUGGGACAACGACUCCUCCCGUUUUCAUCUCGUGGAUGCGCUAAGACGAAGAGAAAAAAACGGGGAAAAAAGAGAAUAAGAAGAAUAGGAGUAAGAGGAAAGGAGGAAUAAAGGAAGAAAUAAUUCAUUGGUCUCAAAUGAACUGGCAAUAAGCAGCGUCUGGAUCUGAGUCAUUCCACUAAACCCUAGUCCUUUCUGUUUAAGGUGUGACUGUCGGAUUUGUGUUCGUGUAAAUAUAUAAAUAUAUGAAUAUAUAUAUUUUCGUCUAUCUGUAGUCGUAAGUUUAUUCCCUUGUACUUGUGCGAAGUUAUCACGCCUCAUGUGUGGACUGUGUAAAUGGGGACAACGAAUAUAUUUGUAUUUUUUAUAUGAGAGGGAGAAUACAUACAUAUAUAUAAAAGAAGUGUAUAAUAGUGUGAGUUCGUACUGGAUACGAUACACAUAUAUACUUAUGAAUAUAUAUAUAUAUAUAUAUAUAUAUAUAUAUAUAUAUAUAUAUAUAUAUAUAUAUAUAUAUUCAUACACUUACACUGUAUAUAUUAUGUAUGUAAAUGUAGAGCAGAAUAUUUAAUUCAUUUGUGCACCAUCAUUUAGUACGAGUUUAGAGUGGUAAACAUAGGAUAUGGUUAGUUUGAUAUAGAUUAGGUUAGCCAUAUAACAUUUUUUAAAACAUUACUCUAACAUUGAUUAUUACUAUUUUUUUAAAUGACAGUCCUCAGUGUUGACAAUUUUGUGUUAACUUAACCAGCUUAUAGAUUUCGCCUCAUGUAAUACAUACACAAACACUCAAGCACCAUUUGACUGUGAUCAUUUUCACCUGAAGAUCAAUCAUCAUUUUUUUUCUACAUAAACUAUGCCUGUGAUGAUACUAAUGCUGAUAUAUAAGUUUACAAAUAGUUUCGUGAUGCCUCAGUCACUAUCGUUAGGGAAAAGAGCGAGACAGUGUCAGGUUUGGCGAAUUAUCAUACACAGUGUUGUGCGCAAGUGCUUAAAAUUAUACUUUGUCUGCAUGAUUCAUUAGCGUCUGAGCGCAUAAUCAAUUCUGGUUGCGUCGCUUAGAUCAAAAUAGCUCGAACGCAGCAACUCUCUACCGUCGCUCAUUUAUUAUUUUU